AUGAGUGACAAAAUAAGCUCAUGGAACGUCGUGCACCGCUUCGAGAAGCGCCAGCUUCUCAUCGCCAUCAACUGCGCCGCAGCCCUAUCGAUCCUCAUGUUCGGCUACGAUCAAGGCCUAAUGGGCGGUGUCAACAACUCCAAGAACUACAUUGAUCUCAUGAAGUUUGGUUACACAAAAGACGUCGAUGGUUCACCUACCCCCGUCAUUACCAAUAGUCUGCUUCAGGGAGGUAUCGUCUCGGUGUAUUAUCUGGGCACACUAUUUGGUGCGUUCUUGGGAGGAUGGGUUGGUGAUCAUAUUGGAAGGAUUAGGUCAAUUGCGCUGGGAACGCUUUGGGGCAUUGUAGGUGCUUGUUUGCAGACUUCUGCACAGAAUCACAAUUGGAUGAUUUGUGCUCGUGCGGUUAAUGGAAUUGGAACGGGUAUUCUCAACGCUAUCAUCCCAGUGUGGGCGACAGAAACAAGUGAGCACACUUCUCGCGGACAGUUCAUUGCAAUUGAGUUCACCUUGAACAUCUUCGGCGUGGUUAUUGCUUACUGGAUGGAGUUCGGUCUCUCGUUCAUCGACGGCGGCAAAUCAGCUUUCCGAUGGCGUUUUCCUGUAGCCUUCCAAAUCAUCUUUCUCCUCGUACUAUUCAGUAUGAUUUGGUUCUUCCCCGAAUCACCACGAUGGCUAGUCAAAGUCGGCCGGGAAGACGAAGCUCGCUACAUCCUCGGUCGUUUGCGUGGCAAUACUACGCCCGAAGAACGCGCAAGAGCAGAUCUAGAGUUUCGCGAAAUUUCACAUAUCGCUGAACUGGAAAAGUCGAUGACGCAUGAUCAUUCGUAUCUGGCGAUGUUGUUUGGAUACAAGUCUGGGAAAUUGCAUCUGGGGAGAAGGGUGCAGUUGGUUAUAUGGUUGCAGAUUAUGCAGGAAUGGACUGGUAUUGCAGGUGUCACUGUUUAUGCGCCAACUAUUUUUUCGAUUGCUGGUUACAACGCCGAGAAGAGUCAAUGGAUCAGUGGUCUAAACAACAUCUUUUAUAUGUUCAGUACCCUGAUCUGUGUAUUCACGUUGGACCGUAUUGGCCGAAGAUGGACGCUUUACUGGGGCUCAAUUGCACAAGCCAUCGCCAUGUUUCUCGCAGGCGGACUAUCGAGACUCGCCAUCAAUGCCGCAGACGCAGGAGAUGCAUCCAAAGCUUCUUCAUACGGAGCUGGUGCAGCGUCCAUGAUUUUCAUCUACACUGCUGCCUUUGGUGCUACUUGGUUGACAGUGCCUUGGCUCUAUCCUGCCGAGAUCUUCCCGCUUGCAGUUCGUGCUCGUGGUAAUGCGUGGGGUGUAGUCGGGUGGAGUAUCGGAAAUGGCUGGUUGAUGCUUGUCUGCCCCGUCAUGUUCAAUUCCAUCGGCGAAAAGACGCUCUACAUAUUUGCUGCCUGCAACAUAAUCACUAUUCCCAUGGUUUGGGCUUUGUAUCCCGAGAGUAAUCAGCGCACGUUGGAAGACAUGGAUUUGCUAUUUGCUGCUGAUACGCCGUGGAAUUGGGAUGCUGAAGAAACUUUUGCUCGUCUCAAGGAGGAGAAUGGUGACUUCGUACAGGCACCUGACCGUAAGGCGAGUUUGAUGGAUCCGGAAUCGGCAAAGACGGCGCAUGAAGAGGUUUCUACAACAGAGUCAUGA